AUUGCACAAUAUCUUAUAUUUAGUAUCUCUAAAAAAGAUUCACUAUCUCUAAAAUAUCGAUUAGAUUUAGUAUUUUUUACCUUAUAAAAUAAAGAAGUUUAUUUGUUUAAUUCACCUCGAAAUUCAAUCCCUAGAUUUUGAUCGUUACAACUGCUGCGUAAUCGGUCGCGCCACCACCUCUUCGUCCGUUCGCCGUCGCGCUACCACCUCUUUGUCCGUUAGCCGUCGCGCUACCACCUCUUGUCCGUUAGCCGUCGCGCUACCACCUCUUGUCCGUUAGCCGUCGCGCUACCACCUCUUCUCCGUUAGCCGUCGCACACCUCCUCUCUCACCGGCCAGCCGUUUAAGGUCCAUCUUUUGUGAAAGAAAUGGGUUUGAAGAAGAGAAGUAGAAGAGGAGUUCAAGAUGAGAAAAAAGAGAGGGAGUUGAAGAGAAAAACUUCAUCUUUCCAAGAUGAAUACAAUAGUUCAAAGUAUGUAGAUGAAGAAAUAUUGAAAGAUCAAAACGAGAAGGAGGAACUAGAGCAGCAUUUGAGAGAAAGAGAUUCGGCCAAAACACGUAGGUUUGCUGAACGGAAGAAGGUUUCUAGAAAUUCUAAUGCUGCAAAAGAUAAUGAGGAUGUUGAAACUUUGAGGAAAGUUUCGAGGCAAGAGUAUUUGAAAAAAAGGGAGGAAAAGAAAUUACAAGAACUCAGGGAUUAUAUUGAAGAUGAGCAUUAUCUAUUUGAAGGUGCGAAGCUUUCAGAAGUUGAAUACUGUGAUCUCAGGCACAAGAAAGAGACAUAUAACAUACUUUCAAAGAAGGAACUGUUAAAGAGUGUGCAUAAUGAGUAUAGAAUUCCAGAAGCUUUUGAUGAUCGGAAUGGUGUUAUUAAUCAAGAAAAGAGGUUUUCUGUGGCUAUGCAGCGCUACACCGAUCCAAAUACUGAGAAAGAAGAGCCUUGGGAGGAACAUCAGAUUAGAAAGGCAACACUAAAGUUUGGUUCGAAAAAUAAAAGGCGAGAAUCUGAUGAUUACCAGUUUGUGUUUGAGGAUCACAUUGAUUUUAUCAAGGCAUUUGUGAUGGAUGGAGAUAAGUCCGAUUUUGAAGAAGAGAUUGCAUUGGAAAAGUCUAGAGUUAAAAGGUCAGUUUUAGAGGCACUUCAAGAAGAGAGGAAAAAGCUACCCAUAUAUUCUUUCCGGGAUGAAUUGCUUCAAGCGGUUCAUGAUCACCCGGUACUUGUCAUUGUUGGUGAAACUGGUUCUGGAAAGACUACACAAAUUCCCCAAUAUCUCCAUGAAGCCGGUUAUACAAAGCAUGGAAGAAUGAUUGCAUGUACUCAGCCACGGCGUGUUGCUGCUAUCAGUGUUGCUUCCCGAGUUUCUCAAGAAAUGGGUGUUAAACUAGGACACGAAGUUGGUUACUCCAUACGUUUUGAGGAUUGCACGUCCAAGAAGACCAUCUUGAAAUAUAUGACUGAUGGAAUGUUGUUGAGGGAAUUCCUUGUUCAGCCUCAGCUGGAAAGUUAUAGUGUUGUAAUGGUGGAUGAGGCUCAUGAAAGAACACUUUCUACUGAUAUUUUGUUUGGAUUAGUGAAGGAUCUUGCUCCUGCUCGACCUGAUCUUAAGGUGCUGAUAUCAAGUGCUACUCUUGAUGCAGAGAAGUUCAGCAAUUACUUUGAUCUUGCUCCAAUAUUCAAAAUUCCUGGGAGACGGUAUCCUGUUGAAAUACACUUCACCAAAGCACCAGAAGCCAACUACUUGGAUGCUGCUAUCGUCACGACACUUCAAAUCCAUGCCACUCAACCUCCAGGAGAUAUAUUGGUAUUUCUUACGGGUCAAGAGGAAAUUGAAACGGUAGAAGAAAUCCUGAAACAUCGGAUGAGAGGUUUUGGGACUAAAAUAGCUGACUUAAUUAUAUGCCCGAUAUAUGCCAACCUGCCAACUGAACUACAAGCUAAAAUAUUUGAACCCACCCCUGAAGGGGCCAGAAAGGUAGUCCUUGCCACCAAUAUUGCAGAAACAUCAUUAACAAUUGAUGGGAUUAAGUAUGUCAUUGAUCCAGGAUUCUGUAAGAUGAAAUGUUAUAAUCCAAGGACUGGAAUGGAGUCUUUACUAGUUUCUCCCAUCUCAAAAGCUGCGGCAAAGCAAAGAGCUGGUCGUUCUGGAAGGACAAGUUAUGGUAAGUGCUUUCGAUUGUAUACUGCAUAUAGUUUUUUAAAUGAUUUGGAAGAUAACACUGCACCUGAAAUACAACGAACUAACCUUGGAAAUGUAGUCUUAACUCUAAGUUGUCUUGGUAUUGAGAAUGAAAAGUUGUUUCAGUUUGAAUUUAUGGAUCCUCCUCCAGUUGAGGCUAUAACAAAAGCCGUGGAGCUUUUAUACGCACAAAAUGCUUUAAACGUUGGUGGCAAAUUAACUAAGGUAGGCAGACGAAUGGCAGAGUUCCCGCUUGAUCCUAUGUUGUCAAAAAUGAUAGUUGCUUCAGAAAAGUACAAGUGUUCUGACGAAGUCAUCUCCAUUGCUGCUAUGCUUUCUGUUGGCAACUCUAUAUUUUACCGUCCGAAGGAUAAACAAGUACAUGCAGACAAUGCAAGAAUGAAUUUUCACACCGGAAAUGGUGGUGACCACAUUGCGCAUCUUAAUGUCUACAAUUCAUGGAAGGAGAGCAAUUAUUCAACACGAUGGUGUUACGAGAAUUAUAUACAGGUAAGAAGUAUGAAACGUGCUAGGGAUAUACGUAAUCAACUUGCAGGUCUUUUGGAGAGGGUUGAGAUCGAACUAACUUCAAAUUCUAAUGAUUUAGACGCCAUCAAGAAAUCCAUAAUAUCUGGAUUUUUCCCUCACUCUGCAAGAAUGCAAAAGAACGGAUCUUAUCGAAUGGUUAAAAAUCUACAGACUGUUUACGUACAUCCUAGUUCAGGGCUGACAAAGGUUCUUCCUAGACUGGUUUUAUACAACGAACUAGUACUCACAACCAAGGAAUAUAUGAGACAGGUCACAGAGAUAAAGCCAGAGUGGUUGCUGGAGAUAGCCCCCCACUUUUACAAUCCCAAGCAUUUUGAAGAGUUGAGUUCCAAAAAAACUCAGUGGAUGUGAACUUGCAUAAUAGGGCUGUCAGCGCGAGAUGGAAGUAUGCUCGUUAGAAGGUGGUUUUGUUGGAGGGAAGUGCAUUACCUGCUUAAUUUCUGUUUUAAUCAAUCAUUUUUUGGUCCUAGUUGGUCUGUGCAUAUUGGCAGUUCUUUCUGGUUAUGCGAAAGACUUGGAUUUCAAAAUUGUUCAUUGAACAUUUGAAUAACAUAUUGGAGUCUCUAUUCUAAUUUGGAGUCCACAUGUCAUGAUUUUUUCUGGCCUUUUUUCUUCCAUUGAAUGUUUUGCUAUCUGUUUGCAGGUUGGAAGAGGGACAUGAUACUUUUUGUUUUUAUUUAAUCGAAAGGAGAAGUUAUGUUGUUUGACAAAGAUUGCAACCAUUAUUCAAUAUACAAAAUGCAAACAAGGUUCUCAAGCACAUGCAAUAAAUGAAGAACUAGAGCAAUCAAAGAUUUUGGUCUGUCAUCCCAAGGUACGAUUUAAAUUCUUUUAUUCUGAGGAGAGGGAAUACGGGCUGAAUUAUUAUUAUAUCAUAAUUGGACUAAAUCAUGUCCAUAAAAUAUAUGGAAAGAAAUAACUGUUUCAAAUGCCUUUGUUCAGACAAAGUUAUUGCUGAUUACUUUUUUUGUUAGCAGUUCUGAUAGAUUUUAACUACAUGUUAAGUUGAUAACCAAAACAGGAUAGAAAGCAUGCUAUGUUUUUUUUUUCUUUCUAAAAUAUACCGUCAGUACUUUUCGGAUCAUAUUUAUUCCUUCAUUCCCUUUGUUAUACGAGAUGUGUUUUGUUAUUGAUCUUUCAUAGUGAUUCAUAUUUCAACUAUCUUGCGUACCGGCUUCUUUACGGUUGCAUGCUCUACUGAGGUUCCAAACAUAAUCCAAAAACAAGAAGUGGACUUGAUUCAUUCAUUCAUUUGUUGGUGAAAUAUAUUAUAUUUAUUUUCAUCCUUUACUUGUUUUAUGAUUUGAUGACUUUAAACCAGGUGGUUAUACAAAUUAUAUUGCUCUUACACUGAUGGAUAUAUUUGUGCUCUGAUUUAUAAUUGUAUUUUGCUAUGAUACAUGGUUGUUCGCAAAUCACUUUAACAACGUACCGACUGCGGUGUCUUCAAGAAUUUUCUGCAUAAAACACUCCUCCUCCAGAAUUUAUAGAUCAUUCUCGGUAAACCAAGGAUUUAUAACUCAGCAAGAAAUAUUUGAGCUUUUAACUCAGAAAAGUCUGUGUAAAGUAAUAAUUUUGGUAAGAAAAAUAAGUUAAAAUAUUUUCUCCUUUUACUAUACGCACAAGUAUAUAAUAAUUUCUAGGCUUAAAUAGUCUUUUAAUUCCUAUAAUUUAGUGAAAUUUUGGUUUUGGUCUUUGUAAUUAUUUUUUUUGUCUGAGUUCUUAUAUCUCACUUUUGUGUUGUUUUUGGGAAAAUUCGAAGGAAAAUUCACAGGAAACCUGCGGAUUUUUACUUUAGGGACUAAAAGCAAUACAAAAAGUGAGAUAUAGAGACUCUGACCCAAAAAAAUAAAUUACAGGGAUCAAAAUCAGAAACUUACUAAUUUACAGGGACCAAUAGACCAUUUAAACGUAAUUUCUAUUAUAAGAAUUAUUUGUAACAUUAGAAUGAUUUCUACCAUAAGAAUUAUUUCUAACAUUUGAAUAAUUUCUACCAUAAUAAUUAUUUAUGACAUUUGAUCUUUUGGAAGGA